GCCAGGUCCAGACUAGAGCUUUAAAUCGAUUUAAACAGCGUUAAAUCGAUUUAACGCUGUAACCGUCCACACUACAGGGUACAGAAAAUCGAUUUUAAGGGGCCCUAAAAUCGAUUUCUGUACUCCAGCUAAACGAGAGGAGUAACCCUAAUAUCGAUUUUUUAAAAUAGAUUUUAAGCUAGUGUGGACGGAAAUCGAAGUUAAUGGCCUCCGGGAGGUAUCCCACAGUGCACCAGUGGCCGCUCUGCACAGGUAAAGGAACUCUACUGCUGGCCAGGUACACAGGAAAAGCCCCGGGAACUUUUAAAUUUCAUUUCCUGUCUGCCCAGCGUGGAGCUCUCAGCAGCAGAGAUAACAAUGCAAUCUCCUGAGAAUAGGAAAAGAGCUCCAGCAUGGAACACACAGGAGUUAUUGGAUCUGAUAGCUGUAUGGGGAGAAGAGUCAGUACUUUCAGAACUGCGGUCCAGUAGACGAAAUGAGAAAACCUUUGAAAAGAUUUCUAAAGCCAUGCGGCAGAGAGGACAUAGCAGAGACUCGUUGCAGUGCAGAGUUAAAGUGAAGGAGCUCAGACAGGCGUAUCAGAAGACCAAAGCAGCAAAGGGCAGGUCAGGAUCUGGCCCCAAAACAUGCCGCUUCUACGAAGAGCGUAACGCAAUAUUAGGGAACUGCGCAACGACAAACUCCCCCUUGUCUGUGGAUUCAGAGGUGGGGGUAGUGAUCUCUGCCACUGCUGAAGACUUAGAGGACGUCGAAGAUGUGGAUGAGGAAAAGGAGGAGGACGAGACAGCAGAGAGCACAGAGCAUUCAAUUCCCCCUAACAGCCAGGAACUUUUCCUAACCCUGACAGAAGUACCCUGGCAGCCCUCUCAAGCCAGUAGCCCAGAAAAUGAAGCUGUGGAAGCGUCCUCUGCUGCACAUUUCUCCAGCCUCCCUUCUCCUGUCCGACGGGGAGGUCAGAUAAGGAGGCUAAGGAAGAAGAGGACGCGGGAGGAGAUGUUCACAGAAAUAAUGGCAGUAACCCGUACUGAGAGAGCUCAUCAGGGGGACUGGAAACAUUUGAUCGCAAAAUCUACUGGAGGAACUGUAAGCAAUGGAGGAGAGAGAGAAUACAAGCAACUGGGAAGUAUGUUCAACUGUACGGAAAUGAAACAAUAUUGA